AUGCUGCCCUCGCAGGAGGCCUCCAAGCUCUACCAUGAGCACUACAUGCGGAACUCGCGGGCCAUCGGCGUGCUGUGGGCCAUCUUCACUAUCUGCUUCGCCAUCAUCAACGUGGUGGUCUUCAUCCAGCCCUACUGGGUAGGAGACAGCGUGAGCACUCCCAAGCCUGGCUACUUCGGCCUCUUCCACUACUGCGUGGGCAGCGGGCUAGCGGGCCGCGAGCUCACCUGCCGGGGCUCUUUCACCGACUUCAGCACCAUCCCGUCCAGCGCCUUCAAGGCGGCCGCCUUCUUCGUGUUGCUUUCCAUGGUGCUGAUUCUCGGCUGCAUCACCUGCUUCGCUCUUUUCUUCUUCUGCAACACCGCCACUGUCUACAAGAUCUGCGCCUGGAUGCAGCUCUUGGCAGCCCUGUGCCUCGUCUUGGGCUGUAUGAUCUUCCCUGAUGGCUGGGACGCCGAGACCAUCCGGGACAUGUGCGGGGCCAAGACGGGGAAGUACUCCCUGGGGGACUGUUCGGUGCGCUGGGCGUACAUUCUGGCCAUCAUUGGAAUCCUCAAUGCGCUCAUCCUGUCCUUCCUCGCCUUCGUGCUGGGCAACCGGCAGACCGACCUGCUGCAGGAGGAGCUCAAACAGGAGAACAAAGAUUUUGUGGGCACUACAGUAAGUUCUGUGUUGCGGCCAGGAGGAGAUGUCUCUGGUUGGGGAGUCCUGCCGUGCCCUGUUGCUCAUACACAGGGACCUUGAAAGCCGGGAUUGUAGCCCAGGAGUUGGCCCGACCUCAGCAUAUUCUGUCUGCUGCCCUCUCCUUCCUGUGGUCAAGCUCCAGACCCCAAUCUCUGACUGACUGCACACAACUCCAGGCUUUGAAGAGAGGCGGGGGCGGGGCAGCAGCCUGGCAGAAGGCAGGGGCCCUUGAGAUCCCUCGAGAGCCUGUUUCUGGCCCUGCCUCCAUUUGACCUAAGGGAGCCUGGGUCUCCCUCUCUGGUCCUUUUGUUUCCUUCUCUCCUGUGUAGACUAGCUGGAGGUCCCCGAGGAUCCCCAGGGGAAGGAAGCUCCGCAGUGCAGGCUCCUCAGACCCCUUCAGUCUGGACGCCUGCCAGCUGCAUCCUAGCCUCCCCAGUCCUGGUCUCCUAAAGAGACUUAUUCAAGACACUGCCCCAGGAGGGCCAGACUUUUUCCUACUUUAUUUUUAUUUGCUGAUGAUGGUCCCACCACAUCUGCCACAAAGCUCCAGGUGCCACCAGCCCCACCCACGGGGCCUCUUCUGACUCCCUCAUUCAAGCCUGAACCCAGCUCUCAAAGGAACCUGAUCCAUGCUGAGAGGGAAAGGACAGGGUCUUCCUCCCCACUGCUGGUAGUCCCUCAUCAGCUCAGAGUCUGAGGGGAAGACACAGGCUCUGGAGGCUGUGGGAGGAGGCAGCUGAAUACAGCAGCUGGAGUUUGUCAGCUUCUCAGCCUGGGGCUGGCCUGGCCUCUUCUCUACUGAGAUAACUCACCGGUGACUGGAUCCUUGACUCCGGCCUGUUUUGUACAGCAUAGACUUCUCAGGCCCAUUGUCAGGGUUGGUGGCUGUGGAGAGGGGGCUCAGAGGCGGAGUUAGGGGUUGCCUAUCUCCUUCUCACGCUUCCCACACCUCGGACAUCUGCCAAGGGCAGAGACUGUCUUGCGUCUUUGAUACUUUUCUGCCUAACUUGAAAUUGCAGGUCACCUCCGAACAGGGUAUCCCUGUCCCCACCCCAGGCCCUGUUACCCUGUCCCUGACUCUUUCU